AUGAACCAGCAACAACAGCAAGACAGCUUCUACGGCUACCCAAACGCACUCAACCGAUCUCCCAGCUCGACGAGGCAGGGUUAUGCCACCGUUGGCAUGCCUUCCGGUCGCCAGAACCAGAGACCGCUUGAUCCCAUCGGCCAGGCCCCCUCCAACAUGUACGGAACCGUCGACGACCGCUUCAACUCGUUCGACAACGGAGGCCGUUACGACCGCAUGACCCCCACCGCCUCCGGCCUGCCCGGCAGCUUUAUGAUGGGUAAUAACCAGGCAUGGCAGUAUAAUGCAGGCAGCGUCGCCACGGUGAACGGCGCAAUGAACGACGGCAUGCGAUCUCGCAUCGGCAACAGGCGACAACCCCUACCAGAUGUUCGUUCCCCCUUUGCUCACACCCCCUUCUCUACUCGCUGUACUGACUGCAAAAAGACCUGGAUUAUGCCCCCUGACCAAGCAUCGAUGGGCUCUGCUGGGAUGCAUAACCCGCAGCAGCUAUACGCAUCUCCUGCUCUGCCGAACCACCCUCUCGGCCACAUGAACGCCGGCCCUGGUCCUGGGCCCGAACAUCUCCCUGUUCAGAACUCCAGUCUAUACUCGAACGACAUGCGACGAUCACAGGACGACAAGAAAGAUCCUAAUGACCUCAUUCCCACCGCCAUUGUGAUAAAAAAUAUCCCCUUCAACGUGCGCAAAGAGCAGCUCGCCGCCAUGAUGAUCGACUUGAGCCUCCCCCAGCCCUAUGCCUUCAACUAUCACUUCGACAACGGCGUGUUUCGCGGACUGGCGUUUGCAAAUUUCCAGAGCCCCACCGACACCGCCAUUGUUAUUGAGAGAAUGAAUCAGAUGGAAGUUGGUGGUCGUAAACUUCGCGUCGAGUACAAGAAGAUGCUCCCAGAACAUGAACGAGAACGCAUCGAGCGGGAGAAACGUGAGAAGCGUGGCCAGCUAGAAGAGCAACAUCGACCUCUACCCCUGCAGCACCAGACAUCCAUGCAUUCCCUCACGGGAGGCUCCAACGCCCCUCAACAGCGCACCUCGCCCAUGAGUGAGCUCUUUCGUGAGAAUUCUGGACUAGGACUCAGAACUAAUCGUGAUCGAGUAGGAGAUAUUGAUCUGAACAACCCGGAGACGUUGAACUACUACACUGAACUGACAUUGUUCCGAAACGAUCCGGCGCGCGAGAUCUUGAUCUUCCCGAAUGACAUAACCCCUGAACAACGGCGACAGAUCCACGUACUUGCUCACAAUAUGGGCCUUGAGCAUCAGUCCGUUGGUGACGGCGCGCACCGACAGAUACAUGUUAUGAAGAGAGCUGCGGCACCGCAGCUGCCUGCACACUUGCAGCAGACUGUCUCGUCCCUUGACGCACACCGCCGCGGCCUCAGUCGCGCCGCUACAAUAGAUUUUGCCGAGUCGCGCAACCUUUCUUCCAGCAACUAUCACACGGUUGGCAGGCAGGGAAAUCCCACUCUCGAGCUACCUGGGGGUAGCCCCGACGCCAUCAACGGACUGCGCGGUGUCAAGAGCUUCGCGGAUCUACGCAGCUACAGCCCCAGCCCGAGCCCGUCCACCUCCAGCUAUGUCAACAGUGCCCUGCCUCGCCCGCCCAAUGGACCAGAUACCGCGAAUGUGGCCCGCUACGGUGAUUACGGCACAUCCCUCACCACACCGACAACUCCAGGCGGCACUGUGACCAACACGGGUCUCAGCUCGUCGGAUACCGCGUCGCUGGUGGGUGGCAUGGGCUCCCUGGGACUGGGGGGUGGUUUCGAUGCCAGCGGCUCCCAUGUACGUUCUCGAGAAGCCCCCGGCGCUAUUGGCAGCCAGAGGCCUGGGAUGAACGGCUCCAGCACCCGAGUGAAUGCUCCGGAGCGCCAACCUCGCGGCCCAGAGUGGGAGGCUUCCACCGGCUUCAGUGGUCGCGGUCGAGCGAACGGCCACAUGCAGAGAGGCAGCGGUUCGUCAAACUUGACGUCGCAAGACUCGUAUUCAGAUUUGCUGACUGGAUCACGAGCAGACUCGUCCGACGCCGCUCGUCACGGCAAUGCUACGGGCAGCUCUGCCUUGUUCCACUAA